AUGGCAUCCAACGAAUCCUUCGAAGGCUGGUGCGGCCUCGACGCGAGUUCUUCAGAAGGAAACAUGGUCUGGCAAAACUACACCCCAAAAACCUUCACCUCCACCGACGUCGACAUCGAAAUCUCGCACUGCGGAGUCUGCGGCUCAGACUUGCACGUCUUACGCUCCGGAUGGGGUCCCACGAACUACCCGGUCGUCGUCGGCCACGAAAUCGUCGGCCGCGCAAUCCGCGUCGGAGACGACGUCAAAUCUGGCAUCAAAGUCGGCGACCGCGUGGGCGUCGGCGCUCAAGCUGGAUCGUGCUUGAAGGGUGACUGUGAGGAGUGUAUGAAUAAUGGCGAGCAGUAUUGCCAGAAAGGAUUCGUCAUGACUUAUGGCUCGAAGUGGCCGAGUGGCGAGUCUGCGCAAGGUGGGUAUGCGAAGUACUGGCGUGGCGAUGGACACUUUGUCUUUGCUAUUCCGGAGGCGAUGAAGAGUGAAGAAGCGGCGCCGUUGUUGUGUGGUGGUGUCACUGUGUAUGCGCCGCUGAAACAAAAUGGUGUUGGACCUGGAUCGAGAGUUGGUAUCAUUGGCGUGGGAGGGUUAGGGCACAUGGGCAUUCAACUCGCGCGGGCGAUGGGUGCGGACAAGGUCUGGGCGAUCUCAAGAACCGACGAAAAGAAAGACGACGCCAUGGCCAUGGGCGCGGACGGACUGAUCGCAACCGGAAAGGAAGGCUGGAGCGACGACUUCAAAAACUCCCUGGACGUGAUCAUCUGCACGGUCAGCUCCCCGAAGAUGCCCUUCAGCGAGUACCUCAACCUCCUGGACGUGGGCGGGGUGUUUGUGCAAGUCGGAGCGCCGGACGAGGCGUUGCCGCCGGUGUUGCCGAUGGCGUUGAUCAUGAAGAAGGUGAGUAUCAAAGGGAGCUUGAUCGGGAGUCCGGCGGAGAUCAGGGAGAUGUUGGAGUUGGCGGCGGAGAAGGGCGUGAAGCCUUGGAUUCAGAAGAGGAGGAUGGAGGAUGCGAAUCGGGUCUUGGUUGAUUUUGAGGAGGGGUUGCCGAGGUAUCGGUAUGUUUUGGAGAACUAGAUGGGAGUGAGUAUGUGUACGAAUGCUGCCAUGCCUCUGUAGUCCCUCUCACGAUG